GCGCCUCCUCCCCGGGCAGGGGGACCUGGCAGGCGGGGGCUGGGCGUGCAGCCUCCUGCCCGCUGUGCUGGCCGGCCUUGCCCCGGGGGCCGCGCGGGGCGGAGACUGGGCGGCGGGGGAGGGCGCCAGUCUAGGUGGCAGAUCCGCGCGCAGCCCUCGCCAGAUGAACCUCGCGGAGCAGCUGCCGCCACCGCGCGCCCCUGUCUCGGCCGCAGGGGCCUCUGGCCGGGUCUCCAGGGGGCAGCGACUCCGCACGCCGCAGGCUCCGGAAAGGAGACACCUGCAUUUGCCACAAUGCUCUCAUCCAGUGACUUUGCAUCUGCUUCUUGGGAGCUCGUGAUUCAAGUUGACCAUCCAAAUGAAGAGGAGCAGAAGGAUGUCACACUGAGAGUGUCUGGAGACCUGCACAUUGGGGGAGUGAUGCUCAAGUUAGUGGAACAGAUCAACAUAGCCCAGGACUGGUCAGACUUUGCCCUUUGGUGGGAACAGAAACACUGCUGGCUUCUGAAAACACACUGGACCCUGGACAAAUGUGGGGUCCAGGCAGAUGCAAAGCUUCUCUUCACCCCUCAGCAUAAAAUGCUUCGCCUCCGCCUGCCCAACAUGAAGACAGUGCGACUGCGAGUCAGUUUCUCGGCCGUGGUCUUCAGAGCGGUCAGUGAUAUCUGCAGAGCCCUGAAUAUUAGAAGAGCAGAAGAAGUUUCCUUGUUAAAGCCUUCUGGUGAAUAUUUUAAAAAGAAGAAAAGAAAAGAAAAAAAUAAUAAGGAGCCCAUAAUUGAAGAUAUUUUAAGCCUGGAGUGUUCUCCAACAAAUUCAGGUCCACCAGUAAGUCCUGGCUUAUACAGUAGAACCAUGACCCCCACAUAUGACCCCAUCAAUGGAACGCCAGUGUCAUCCACAAUGACUUGGUUCAGUGACAGCCCUUUGACUGAACAAAACUGCAGUAUCCUCGCAUUCAGCCAGCCCCCUCAGUCACCAGAAGCUCUUGCUGACAUGUACCAGCCUCGGUCUCUGGUUGACAAAGCCAAGCUUAACGCAGGUUGGCUAGACUCCUCACGUUCCCUUAUGGAACAAGGCAUCCAGGAGGAUGAGCAGCUGCUGUUACGAUUUAAAUACUACACUUUCUUUGACUUGAAUCCCAAAUACGAUGCUGUCCGAAUAAACCAACUCUAUGAACAAGCCAGGUGGGCCAUUCUCUUAGAAGAAACUGACUGCACAGAGGAAGAAAUGUUGAUCUUUGCAGCACUACAGUAUCACAUUAGCAAACUGUCGUUGUCUACUGAAAUACAGGAUUUUACAAAUGAGUCUGAGGUCGACGAAGUAGAAGCAGCACUUUCUAAUUUGGAAGUGACCCUGGAAGGUGGAAAAGCAGACAACACUUUGGAGGACAUUACUGAUAUCCCUAAACUUGCAGAUAAUCUCAGAUUAUUUAGGACCAAGAAGCUAAUAUUAAAAGCUUUCAAACAAUAUUGGUUCGUCUUUAAAGACACAUCUAUAGCCUACUUUAAAAAUAAGGAACUUGAACAAGGAGAACCAGUAGAAAAACUAAAUCUUAGAGGCUGUGAAGUUGUGCCAGAUGUAAAUGUAGCAGGGAGAAAAUUUGGAAUCAAGUUAUUAAUCCCGGUUGCUGAUGGUAUGAAUGAAGUAUAUCUGAGAUGUGACCACGAGAGUCAGUAUGCCCAGUGGAUGGCUGCCUGCAUCUUGGCAUCAAAGGGCAAAACCAUGGCGGACAGCUCCUACCAGCCAGAGGUCCUUAACAUCCUUUCAUUUCUGAGGAUGAAAAACCGGAACUCAGCAUCUCAGGUGGCUUCCGGUCUCGAAAACAUGGAUAUGAACCCGGAAUGUUUUGUGUCACCUAGGUGUGCAAAAAAGCACAAGUCUAAACAGCUGGCAGCCCGCAUCCUGGAAGCCCAUCAGAACGUGGCCCAGAUGCCCCUGGUCGAAGCCAAGCUGCAGUUCAUUCAGGCAUGGCAGUCUCUACCUGAAUUCGGCCUCACCUACUACCUUGUCAGAUUUAAAGGAAGCAAGAAAGAUGACAUUCUGGGAGUUUCAUAUAAUAGGUUGAUUAGAAUCGAUGCAGCCACUGGGAUUCCAAUUACAACAUGGAGAUUUACAAAUAUGAAACAGUGGAAUGUAAACUGGGAAAUCCGGCAGGUGGCGAUCGAAUUUGACCAGAACGUCUCCAUCGCAUUCACCUGCCUGAGUGCGGAUUGCAAAGUCGUGCAUGAGUACAUCGGGGGCUACAUUUUCCUGUCCACCCGCUCCAAGGACCAGAAUGAAACGCUCGAUGAGGACCUGUUCCACAAGUUGACCGGCGGCCAGGAGUGAGCAAAGCAGGCCUGCUGGGCCUACACAGAGGGCGGGCCUACCCAGACGCUGGGUCAACGGCCUGCACCAUGUGUACAUUCCAGGCUGACAGCGUAUAUUCACCACCGGACACCCAGACCCUCGCCUCAUUUCCAGCACCCUGCCUAGCACGUCCCUCUCCUCGCUCUGCCCUCUGCUACCCGCUGUGGAAGGGGCCUCAGUUAACCUCUUCUGUCUGUAAUGUGGGGCGGGAGAGAGGACACUGCUCAGCAUUACUCUAAGGCUCCACGUGUAGCUAUGACCUGCAGAACCUGCAAGUGCAUGGCUAGAAGCUGUCCAUGUGCUUAUCUGCUUUGUUGCUAAGUCAAAGGAAAGACAGGUUAAAAGCACGUGUAGCAAGGACAAAUCUUAUUCCCCAAACUCAGGUAUGAAAAGAAAUAUGUCUUUCCUUAACAGAAGUGCCUUUAACUACCAUCUUGUGAAAUGGCAUAGGGAGCCCCUGCAUACACUUCUGUCCUGUAGGUCAAAGUCUGGGGGUGAAGGUCUGGGGAAAGGUGGGGUUACCUGGUACUGGUUGGUGACAAGGGGUCAGAGUAGUGGCCCUCAGUGUCAUUAGUCCCGAGUGACAUCUGCCAAGGUGACCAUUGACCCAUCUGGUCUUGAACAUUGGUUACUAUGUUCAAGACCAGGGAUCAAAGGGAUCCCUUAAGUCCUUCUAAAGACACAGGGGUUCAGGGAAAACCAUUCCUCAAACCCACUCCAUGUCUCAACAGCUUCUCCUCUGGGUUGGGGCUCAGGAAGAUGGGCUCAGUUCUCUCUUCAUAAAAACCACCUCCCAGCAUCAAGGCUUCCAUCGAGGUCUCCAUCCCAACCAGUCAGGGAGAGAAGAACAGGACACAGGGCAGCCCCGUCCCCAAAGACCACCAAAUUAAGGGCUCUCAGCUUCCCCAGGGGCUUCUGUCUACUUAGGGCCUUUGGCUGGUCUGUGGGGUAGGGAAGCCUUGCUCUUAUCACUACCCAGUCUUCUGGAUUUGUGUCUGUUUCUAUGACUCACGGCCUUUCCCCUAAAGGCCUUUGGCUUUGUAAAUCAAAAGCCGAUAAUGGACUUUUUUUUUUUCUCUGCUUUUUGCUCUGUUGUCUCUGCCCUGAGAUGUGAAUGUGGGCCAAUUAACAGCUGCCUCAAUUGUCAUUUUGUGUUUUGGUUCAUCAGUGUUGGGAGGAGUGAGUUUUAAGAAGGUAAAAAGCAGUACUGGGGUUAGAGGGAAAUAUCAGAUGUAUUUUAUUAUGUUUUUAUAAAUAUUCUCCUGUCACACAAAGGAUGUGGGUUGCAAGGGUAAGGCUGAGACUGUUUCCAUUUUGAAGUUCUUUUAGGAUGCAAACCUCAGGGGAACUGGCUGGACUUCAGAUGCCCAAAAACAUUGGCUGUUGCUUUAUUUCCUAACAAAACUGUUUGAGAAGAGAGAUCUCUGCAAUUCUGGGGGCCACCUCGAGACAGCAGGGGCUGGGGACCCUUGGGCCCUGAGCCAGAAGCUGUCACUGGAAAUUCCUCUUUCAGCCUCUCCUUAGAGGUGAAUGUUAGUGAAGAAUCUCCAGGCAACACCUGAACUUCUGAGGCCUAGCUUAAAGCCUGGAUGUGGCUCAGGCACUUGGAAAAUCUGGUCCGUGUCAAAAAGAACUGAGUUUGAAACGUUUUGUACAGAAACCAGUGCCAAGUGAACUGCAUUGAACUUGGUGGUCAUUUCUCCAUAGUCCUGGGCUCCAUUAUUUUAGAACCUAGCUGGGCCCGACAUUAAAAUAAUGCUCCUUGAUGUCACAGUUUACCUGUCUGCUGUCAAAUGCAGCCUUGCCUAAUUUACCAAAGCGAAAACUUUGGUUCAACCUUCUUCCUUAGCUUUUCCUGGUUGUCUGACAUUUCCAUGAAAACACUCAAAAGAGUUGACCAGUUUAACCAGACUUUCAGGGGAGCAUUUCUUCCACAACUCCACAGCCCCAUCCCAGAGGAAUAAACAAGCAUGGCAGGAAAACCUUAAACACUGCUAUUCCAAAGAGCAACUUAAGGACUUUUUUUUACAUUGGGUCACCUGACUUCCUAUGAUGAAAUUUGAAAUUAAUGUGUGCCUUUCAGCCCUGUUUGAUUUCUUAUCAUGGGGAAGUCUGCAUUU